AUGGUCAAAGAAUUUAUGAUCAAUGAUAAAAUUGGGGGGAAGAAAGCAAAGGGUCGAAUUCAGACUAUUAUUGAUCAUUUUGCUAAAAAGCCUGACAUAGAAUAUACCGAUGACCAGGACGAUUCAGAUGACUUACCCGAAACUGAGGUAACUAUACUUACUGAAUCAAUUCCUUUAGACCCAAAGGGCCAUUGCUCUGCAAUAAAUUCCCAAGAAAAUAAUCAAGAUGAGACAAAGGCUCGAAACUCUGCUUUCUCAAAAUUACCAGAAGCUGAA